AUGGAAACAUAUCUUUCUGGAAAAAAACGCGCAGAUAGAACUGUCAUCACCAGUGCUGAUUUGCAUCAAAUCCACCGGCUUUUGUUGGAUCCAGCGGCCCUGCGUGCUGACCCAAAUCCCAGCAAUCGUGCAUGGGUGAAGAAGACCUUCUUUCUCGAGCCGACUUCCUCGGGAACAAUUGUCUGCCAUAGAGAGAAAGGUCAGCAUAUAGGUCGUCCAGUCGCAGUGAAAGAGUUGAUGUACUUCAUUCUUAAAGAGGCCCAUGCUUCCGAAGGCCAUGGGGGACGUGACAAGACCGCCAAGGCCGUCAAAAAUACACAUUCAUACAUUCGAAAAGGAUUGAUCUGCAUCUUCCUCGAGACCUGCCCGACCUGCCAAACUCGAAUCGAUGCGGUCAAGAAGGAGAAAAAUGCGGCGCUUGCUAAGUCUCUUAACAUGUCAGCCAGUCGCGACUCAAUCGUCAGUUUUGGGACCGGAUUCUUGACACCUGCAACUUCUCCAACCAAUUUUGGGAAUAAAAGAAGAGGUAGCAUGUUUCAGUCGGUCCCCCAGUCAGUCGACUCCACCGAAUCGCCCUACUUUGCGAUCAACAAACCGACAAUACCGCCAGAGUUGGCUCUCGUUCCGGCUGCGCCUAAGCCAUACAGUCGUAGUCGAAAUGCAUCUUAUCCCUCAGAGUCGUACUCGAAUCUUCGAAAAGGUCAAAGGAUGUUAUCAUCAGGUUCAAAUCUUGGGGGCUAUUUACCCAUUCCCGCAAGGCCUUUGCAUUCACCUAGCGUCAUCAUGCCCAACACCGCCAUCGCCUCCGACUUCAGCUCACAGGAUCCAUCCGGCCAGCGGAAACAACGCGCAAGCUCAAAUUACAAUCUAGAGACUUCAAUCACACAAGGCUUGGCCCCCAAUGCCCAGAACCCUGAAAGCUUCCUCAGCGAGCCAAGUGCUUGGUCUUAUCAGCCCCAGACACCUAUCUUCUCUCUGGGAAAUCGCUCAGACAACUCUUCUUGGGAAAUCGAAUUCGCUAACAUCUGGAGUGGAAAUGAGCCCAACUUCUACAAUCCUAUUCCCGCUCCACUCCUUGCACCCCAACCACAAUUUUCCGCAUCAGAGCGACUUAAAAUCCCAUUCACAGAUCAAUAUGUUUCGUCUGAUAACAAUAACCUUCAGUUCAACUCCUGGUCAUCGGUCUCUCCAAUGACCAAUGUCUUCCCUGGCUAA